GCCAAAAUCAGCACAAGCCCGCUGUACCCCAGAUUCUAGCCAGUCCAGCCACGCGGGAACGCUAGUCAGUAGCAGGGGAAGGCCGCUGGAGCGCUGACGGAUGACCACUAAAGGUUGCCACCUCAGAGCUGCUCGAAUUCCUGUUGACGUAAGGACGCUGCGGCGAUCCAGCGCAUACCACCCACCACUUUUCCCACGAUCGAUCCAGUCCUCUUCCUCCCUGUUUACCGCCUAAUGGCCCUCCGCUGUCAUCCCGCACAAACGUGCAUAACCUAGCCAUGCCGGCGGCAGCAAUGCCAGAUGACGGCCGCCAGGCCUCGACGGCAUCGUCAGCCAAGCCUGGGCUCGCGGCAAGCUCCGGCGUCAGCCUCGGCCACGGUGGCGGCAGCACCAAUGCCAACGGCAACGGCAGCACCACCUCCCCUGGACACUUUAUCCGCCGUGCCAAACCCUUCGACGAGCCCUCAAUGCGGUCAGGAUCCAUGUCGCGACACUUUUCAGACUCGUCGUCCGAGGCGCUCCCCCGGAGGAGCUCCAACUUUUCCGAGUAUAGCUUGAACGAGGCACGCGACAUACUCAACCCCCGGCCACACGCUCACGGCGAGCAGCUGUCCCAUCACGAAUCAUCGCCACUGGCUUUUCUAUCGCUGGCCUUUGCUUUUCUACCUGCCAUCGCCGGCGUCCUUUUCCAGAAUGGCACCUCGGUUGUCACCGACAUCAUGCUCUUGGGCCUCGCAGCCAUCUUCCUUCAUUGGUCAGUGACGCAGCCUUGGCAAUGGUAUUACGCGGCGCAAGAAGUCCGUCUAUUUCAAGAAAACUCGGUCAACAUAUCCCUUGAAGAAGACAGCGAUCUCGACUGCCGGGGUAAAUCCCCAAGCACUAGUGCACCACUUGACGAUGUGCCCGAAGAGAAAGAGGGAGACGAGAUGGAAGACUCGAGCUCGGGAAAGCGAAAUGCCAAGGAAGGGCAGCAGAUGACAGAGCAGCAGCAGGCUGCUCUGAAAGAGCUUUACCGUCAUGAAAGCCUUGCGCUGGUAUCAUGCUUCGUGCUGCCACUGCUUAGCGCAUAUCUCCUACACUACAUUAGAGGGCAGCUUAGUCGGCCAUCCGAAGGACUUGUGUCUAAUUUCAACUUGACGAUUUUCCUAUUGGCAGCUGAGCUGCGUGUACUUUCACACAUGAUCACUCUGGUCCAGUCUCGGACACUACAUCUUCAGAAAGUUGUCCACGAAAAUCCCUUUGGCCAGCAGGUUGGAACUGAGACACUAUUAGAAGAGAUGCUCAGAAGGCUAGAAAGGCUAGAAAGUCGUUCAACAUCCCAGGGUCACGAAAUCGCUGGACACGGACAGACGCUGGACUCGACGACAGCAACGAUUAGCCGAGAUGUCCGAAAUACCAUUCAACCAGAGCUGGACGCCUUGAAUCGAGCUGUGAGGCGGUACGAGAAGAAGGCAACACUCCUCCAGCUUCAGACAGAAUCCAGGUUCUCUCAUGUACACGCUAAACUGGACGAUGCCAUUGCUCUAGCCGCCGCUGCGGCAAAGAAUGCAAAUAGACGGCAGAACUUCAUCCCUUGGGCCUGGAAAUGGAUCAGAGCGAUUGUAACAUUUCCUUUCAAGGCCCUUCUAGAGAUACUCGCUCUGCCUCUGAAACCUAUAGUUGCAUUUGCGAACAGAAAUAAGCAGCCAUCUGCGACGAGUCUACCGCCUUCAAGGAGCAAGGCGGGGAAGCCGCCUGCAUCGCUGAAAUAUAACGGCGAUCGAGUGCCGACGAGGCUUACCAAGAGAUGAUGGGAUGUUAGUUAAAAGUGGCUUUUCUUUUGAGUGUGUUGGGGUUUGCCGGAUUUUGCUGGAAUUUCUAUUUUUCUUUUUUUUUUCUCCUUCUCUCUAUGUUUUUCAAUAGGCAGUCUUCGCUAUCGGCAAGUUAUAAAGUUAUAAGCAUAUGAAAGUCUGGUCAUGGCUGGAUUCAAACGAAUUACUACGAAGUAGCAUUAGUACCGCUCAGCUUUAUCAUCCCAGAUAUCACGCCUUUCUUGGCGACAGUAUUGGUAAUCAAUAAUGCUACAAUAGAGUUUCCUCUGCAC